AUGACGGAAGGGAUCUUCAUUCUUUCCAGACGAAUCUUCGUGCCGAUCGGAUGGCAGAUCGCCAGCGAUCAGUGCAUUCAAAUUGUGAUAUCGCCGGCGAAUCUGAAGCACGCAAAGAAACGAUGUCAUCACGACGGCGGAGAGCUCAUGGAUCCGAGUGUAACGUUGCUCAUGGAAGAUGUCAUGGAUCUUCUGAAGGUCUGUCGAUGAUUUUAAUCUAAUUAACCGGAAUUCUAUUUAGAAUCUUCAUGAAAACGGACUGUCGGAGCCGACUUUUCACGUCGGAGGAAUGGGUCAGGCAUUGAAUCGAAGCGACGAUGGACGGUAUAAAAUGUGAGUUUCUGACACUGAAAAGUGGUGUGUGAGAUAUUCAUACCAAAGUUACACAUUUCUCCCGAGAAUAACUUUUAGGACCAGAUUUUAAGCCUGAACGUACUUCUCUUUGCCUUAUAACUGCAAUUGAUGAGCUAGUUUCUAAUAAGUACGCUUUCAGAAUCACCAUCAAUCCCUCCUCACACUUUCCGUUCAUCUGCUCGCUGAACAAAAUGGCCCGCCGCUCGCUGCUAUUCCAGCAAAAACUGCUCCCACUCGGAGCGCCAAAGAUCACUUUGACUGGCCAAUCGGAAAUCUAUUUCCAUCCGAGACAGGACGCCGAUUACAUUGCUCUUCCGUGCAUCGUACAGGGUGAUCCAAAGCCAACAGUUUCUUGGUACAAGAAUGACGUAGAAGUGGUACGUUUACAUUCUCAGCAAGUCAGAAUUAGAAGAAUCUAUACCUGUGAAUGUUGCAGCUGAGUCCGUCAAUGUCGAAUGUCUCGUACCUGCUCUCCGGCGGGAACCUCCUCGUGCCCGCUUCCGCUUCCCUCGCCUACUCCUCGUUCCACUGCACCGCCCGCAACUCUCUCGGCGAAGUGAGAAGCCCUCCGAUCCUUUGAAGCCCUCCUUCAUCGACGGCUUCCGCCUGAAUCGCCUCGACGUCUACUCUCUGGCGACGGGCGGAGCAAAGUUGGAUUGCGAUGCGCCGGCGCAUCAACCAAGUGAGUUUGGGGCCAGAUUGAGAGAUAACCGAGUCCCGAAAAGUUUGGAAAUGGGAAAAAGGAAGAGAAGAUGCGCUCUUCUCGUUGUGUGCGGGGCGACAAGCGAGCGCAUUAGGCGGUUUCCCUACUGCAUGGACCCACAUCAUCAUUCUAUUUUGACGAAUUCGUCGUUGUCCCCCAAAACUUUUAUGUAUGUAUGUAUGUACGUCCGAUUCGACUUCACUUAUCCCUUCUUUCCCUUUCUCACACAAUAUUUCAUUUGGAUCGGGUUACGUUCCUCUUGAAGACGUGAAAUUCGAAGCUUUUCACGGCUUAAUUCGCGGGCCGUGCUAGUGGUUUUUCGUCCUGUUCUAACGGAAUUUCCAUAAAUUUCCAUUCGAUUUUCGCACAACUCUCCAGUGUUCUUUCUCUCAACUUUCAUUCCAUUUCUCGAUGCGUCUCUGAAAACCCUUCCAAUUUCCUCCUCCAUCUUCCUCUUCUUCUUUUCCUCCCAAACCUAUCAAUCAGUCAACCCCAAAAAAGAAUACCCCAGAAACAAGGGCAUCGAACCCGUUCCUUCUUUUUUCGUGUUCAUCUUCCUCUUACUACUACUACUAGUAUUAGGUACUAGAACAGGGGGAGGGAUUAGUCAAGUGUUCUACGAUGAUGGAUUCGAUUCGCUUUCGCUCCCCGAAACGCCGUGUCUUUUGAAGAGAAGCGGCUCCCCCGCUCUUGUUUUGCAAAAGACACAUUUUAUGAUUCUUUUAAAAAUUGGAAAAAUGUUAUGCUUGUUGUGUCAUUUCUGAGUCAUUCGGUCGGUGGCUGUGCGGUGAUGGGUAGCCGCGGUGUUUUGUUUGGAGACGGUGUACAAUCGAAUAGGACAACUUUUGGCUUAUACUUCCACUCUUAAAGUUUACUUUUGAGCUAGGAAGAUCUUGAUGGUCCCUCAGAAAUUUCAAAUUAUUCAACUUUUCUUACCAACUCCAUUCCAUUCCAAGCUUUUUCUCAGGCCGAGACCUUCCAUGUCCCUAUUUCUGUUCGAAUUCAUGUUCGGCAAGGUCUCAGCAACAGCUACUAUCCAUAGAAAUAAGGCCAGCACAGCCUUUUUGAAAACCUGAGACAAACUAUACAGGCUGCAGGCUUCUUAGACUUGAAUUCAGGCAUCUUAUGGCCAAGUUUCAGAUCUAAUCCAUCUGAAACUUGGAACCAAUCAGAAAGCUCAGGCCGGCAGUUUUCGUAGUCUUAUUGGCUUCACCCCCACGCUCUUCCCAGCUUAAAAGUGUUACACACACUCCCGUGGCUCCACCAAAGUGCUCUUUUUCCGAGUUCCUCCGAGAGCUGUUCUUCUAGCGAGUUAUUACACUGAAAAGAUGAGGGAAAGCGAAAGCGAAAGAGCACCUGACGAUUGCGAAACGAAUAGAAUCGAAAGAGAUAGCUACCGUACUUUCCCCACUGCUUUUCGAGGACUCUUCAAAACUUUCAAUGCAGAUUUAUGUAGGUGCCCCCGCCCAUCAUUUGCAUUCGAUAGACACUUCUUGGCCACUUUGGGGGCGCGCCUCUCGCUCCGAGCAUGAUUAGUCAAAGUAGGAGGAGGGGGCCGCUUCACACGUCGCCCCUUCGAUGGAUUCGUCCCCGGAGACGACGUCUUCUCCGGGGAAGAAGCGACAAACAUGUCAAAUACAGAGCAAACUGCUCGGCUCUUUCGGCUUUCUCGCUUUCUCCUCGUACUUUCGAACCCAUCAUGUUCAACACAUUCCAUUACAUAUCAUGUGUAUCAGUGAGCUGAGAAGAAGAAGAAGAAGAAGAAGAAGAAAAGCUCGGAGCUUGAGUGGGAGCCCCGAAACAACCACCUGUCGGUGAUUUAUCUUUCCGAGUUCCUACUGCCGCUUCGAGCUCUUCUUCUCAGCUUGAGCAGCGAAGCGAUCCGAUGUUUAGUGUACUAUCAGCAAGUGCUCCUACCAGCCCACAUUUUCACAUUAUUGGCGCCCACAAGGGUCCGCCUACUGGGAUCGGAUGGGGAUGGGGGAAGGGUCCGAGAGUUGAGAGUAGAGUAGGUUGAGAUGUUAGGCGAACUUGAGGUUAAAAGGCAAUAGGAGAUGAGUCCUUUAAGUUUAAGAUCAUUUGGGCUAGGAUCGUUCUUAUAAUCGACUUCUGACAAGUUCGCUCUACCUUAUUUGUUUAAAAAGGACGAUAGAGCGCGAUUCGCCCGCCCCCACAGUCUGGCACACGAACCCAAUGCUUCAGCACCGUGUUCCUCGCGCUCUAACCCUUCGCUUCUCCUCCAAACUUUCUAACGCUUUUGAUUUUCUUGAUUUUCCGCUUCUUCCGCUUCCAACUACCACUAACAAUCGUGUGGAGAUGGUGCAGUCCCCCUCUUCUUCUUCUUCUUCUUUCCCCAAUUGACUCGCCUAACCUGAUUAGGAUCCUCGUCCCCCGAGGCAAAACUUGUCUCCGGACCUUUUCCUCGCUCUUCUCUCGAUUCCAAUCCAUCCAUCUGUGGUUUUUUUGCCAUUUUUCCUAAGUAGUUUUCCGCUUCCUUCUCCGCCGUCGCGGAAAGACGCGGAAGUGGCGGAGAGAGAGGGAAAACUCGAUAAGAUGCCUGGAUAUAACGUUCUUUUCGCUUUCAUUUUUCAAGAAGGGGGGACACGGACGUACGGAAUGGAAGGAGAAAGCAAGAAACACUUGAGACGGACGGCUUCUGGCCGCUGUCGGUUUAUGACAGCUACUUUUGCAAUACGUCAGAGUUUCAAUAUUGAAAUUGUUUUCCUAAUUAUUCAAAAGUCAGACUACAUUUUUCGUAGGUACCUCGGAAAAAUUAUCCUUUCUUCUAGGCACCCUGUCCAGGCGAUAUAUCACGGCUGUUUGUAGAGAUAUCAAAAAGUUGUUAACUGAUAAAAUGUGUAAAAAUUUCUUAAUAAACAAAUUAUUAGUUGGCAAUUUUUGAUGUCUUUUUAGGCAGCGGAGAUAUAUUGUCUUGACUGAGCGCCCUUUUGACUCUAGCUCAAGUAAGUUAGUCUAACCUUUACGAGCUACGGUAGUCCUGGAAGUUGUUUCACGGAAUAGUUGUCAACUAAUGAAAUACAGUUUAACUUUGACGGUAGACAGCAAAAAACUAGGUUAUCACAUAGUAACUGAUGUGUUCCCCUUCAAAUCUGAAUCGGAAUCGGAACGUCGGCGCCCGCGCGCACCGAUUCUCGGCCGCCGUCCUUGGAACGAUUAGCCGUUUCUUCUUCUUCUUUGUCCAUCCGCCCCCGUCGCUUUCAUUGCGUCCCGUUCCCAAACACCUCCCUCUCCCGGGUGUCUCCAAUCUCCAAUCCAAUCAAUCUUGAUUCACUCUAUCAAAUCGAAAUGUCAAUAUGAUCAGAAAAGUGAGCAAAUAGAUGGAAAGGCGGGCGGGAGCGGGCGAACAGAGCGAGCAUCUAUUUCAUGCUUUUGUCGUCUCGGCUCCUGGAGACUGGAGACACUUUUGACACCCCCUUUCAUAUAUAUAUAUAGAUAGAUUUAUUCUUGUCUUUUCUUCUGUUUAUUCUUUAUUCUCUUCUCGCCCCCUCUUGUCCUACUAAGCUUUUUGUAAAUGAAGGGAAAAAGAUAAACAUUUCUCUCUUCAUUUUAUUCGAAUACAAGUUGUUCACCCCCCUUCCAAGAAAGACCAGUUCAAGUUGGUGUAAAACGGUUUUGUGUGAGAAGAUUAUAAAAAGAAGCUUCUAGUGGCUGAAGAGAUGGAUGUGUCUGAGGUGUACUGUAGGUUAUUAGGUUCAUCACUAUCAUUGAGGCCACGUUGUGCCGCGUGAUGUUUGUGAGCGAUCGUCAUCAAUCAUUUAUCACUAAUCAAUUCAAUUUGCAACCAAACCAACUCCUUUCUUAUCACUUUUUAUUGCCAUCGCUUCGUCUGUCUUUUCCGCCACUUUAGAGUAGUCAAACCUUCUUCUUGUCUUCUUUCUCUUUUCCCCGAAUUCUUCAAUCAAUCUACGCCAAUUCAGAGCCUAUCCGCCCCUCACUCGCACCAUUUCCCCCCGAUUCUUGUCCGUCGUCCAGAAUCAACUACUAACACAACUCGCACCGCACCGGCACACGCACCUAACCAGCCCAUUCACACCAAGAAUGCUGCCACGAACACACACACAUACCCUUGCACUCGCACCCGCUCCGAGUCACCAACUCGUCGAGCCCUGAAUUCCCUCUUUGUGUUACCAACCACCACCACCAUCCCAACCUUUUUCGACACUUCAAAACAGUUUGGUUUGCACUUGCACACUUGCACUUUUGAUUGGAAUCGUCAGAGAAAGACUCCUCAAACUUGGUUUACCGUUUAUUCAAGACUAUGUAUUUUGGUUGUUCGAAGAGUUAUCAAAAAGUGGUCAACUAAGAAAACGUGCAAGAUGUCUUAAGGAGCAAUUUGUAAGUUGACAACUUUUUGAUAACUUUACUGACAGCUGAGAUAUAUCAUGUUGACUGAGCGCUCUUCGAACGACCUACAGUAGUCCAAGAAGUGGUCGCACAGAAAAGUUGGCAACUAGAAAAACGGAAAACAGUUCUGAGAAUCUUCGAAAGUUUCCUCUUGCACUCGCACAUUCUCACAAGGCUGGGUAAGGCUCUCAACUUGGGUACGAAGAAAAGUAGAAAAAAAGUUAGUUUUCGUUUUGUUUCGUUUCCUUUCUUGUUGUGAUAUCAUCCUUUUAGUUUUCUCUCACUUGUGACUUGAUUGAUUGAUUGUCGGAAUGAACGGUUUUCCUGGGCUUUCACACACACAUAAACACACACACACACUCGAUGCACCAUGUUACCGUAAUCCUGUGCUGGCCGCACUGAAACCCGCAUCCGCCUCGGCGCCUUUUCGCUAACUCGCUUCACACACGAUUUUCUCAUUUCCUCUUACCGUUUUCAUUUCAUUUCGCAUGUGUGGUGGUGUCCUCCUUCUCUCUCUCUCUCUUGCUCUUCCCUCCUUACUUUGUGCUCUUCGCCUUCCCGCACACACGCACAGAUGAGCACUUGUUCGGGUGUCCCCACUGUUUUGAGCCAGGUUGUGAAGAAAUGAAAUGAGUCGACGGACUGUUGAGAUGGGGUAGAUCAGCCAGAGGGACCAGGACCCGAGGAUUGUAUUGUAUCAUUUCAGAAUCUCUGACGUACUCUUGGUUGUACGGAGCAUCGACGGAUCGGAUUCUGAGCCAAUGUGAACGCAAAUUCAUUUCUCUCGACGGAACACUCUUCUUUUCCUACGUAACGGCUGCAGAUGAGGACAGGUAAGAGUAAUCCUAUUAGUUUCAAUCGAAUUAUAGACUUGUACUCUACUUUAAUAAGAUUAUAUGUACAAAGACUCUUUCAGCUACGCGUGUUCUCUGUCCGUCUACUCCACACAGUCUGGUCACUACGGCCCGUUCUUCCGGCUCAUCUCCUCCACUCCAAAACUCGUCAACUCCACUUUCCCACCGCGAUUGGACUCCUCGCAACCGCAAAUCUUUCCCGAAGACCCAAAAGUUGGCGAUUCCAUUUACCUGGAGUGUUUCGCCUAUGCAAAGUGAGUACGGUACCUCUAAUUUUGAUCGAAACAGUCUCAUUUCAGCCCGAUUCCGCAGUACAAAUGGUCGCGAGUGGACGGAAAGCCGCUGCCCGCCCGUUCGCACAUUUCCAACUACGGUAGAAUGCUUAAAAUUGAUAAGGUGAACUAUGGCGACGGAGGAAAGUACAAGUGUGUGGCGACGAAUUCGCUUGGAGCAGCCGCCGGCGAGGUUCAUGUGAAGUUGAGAGGUAGGGAUACUGUAGAUGAUUACCGUAGUCACAUUCUUCCUUUCCAGCACCGCCCACAAUCCUCCAAGGCCUGCACGACCGUCUGGUCCCCACCGAAUCCGAGGUUUCGUUCGAAUGUUUACUGUCCAACGCGGACAGUUAUUCUUCGGUCGAAUGGUUCAAAGACGCGAAACCGAUUGUCCCGCUCCUACUUCCCCCGGAAAAACGGAAGCGUCUGAAGAUUGAUCACAAUGUGCUCCAUCUGAAAUUAGCCGAGGAAUCAGACUCAGGAGUGUACCAAUGCGUGGCGUCGAAUGAAGUCGGCAGUUCCUCCAGCUCCGCGUUGCUCACAAUCAAAGACUCCGCGCCCAUUUUCCCUCAAAAUGCGAUGCCACGGAAGGUGUUCGCAGCCCUCGGAUCCACGGUGAGCAUCCCGUGCAUCUUCGAAGCGUCGCCGAGGUUCCACGGGAAAUGGGCGGAUGCCGGAGGCGCGCGUCUUCCCCAGAAAGGAAGGAUCCGAGACGAGGAAGGGAUCAUGAGCAUCGAGAAGGUUCUGCACGAAGACUCGGGCCUCUUCUUCUGUACCGCCCAUAACAAACUCGGAAAGGCGCACGCUCAAGUGCAGCUGAUUGUGAUGAACAAACCGUCGAUCAAGACCAACUACCUCGACGAGGACACCGUGAACAUGAGCUGCGAAGUGGAGCUGACCUGCGAGAACAGUGCGGAAUGCCCAGAAGCCCUGUUCGAAUGGAAGAUCAACGACCGUCCGUCGAAAGAGUAUCCGUCUCUGAAGCCGAAAGUUCACGAGAAGAAGAGCGGGCACAAGGGACGACAUGUGAAGCAGAAGGUGGAGGUGGAGGUGCCGAAGAGUUUGGGCGGCAAGCACAUCGGAAGGUUCGCGUGCUCGUCGCUCUACGGCGGAAGUUCGGAGGUGAUCACGAGGCCCCAACUGCCGUCUCCGAUUGCUUUGACCGUCGAGAAAAUGGAGGAGAAUUCGGUCGGAAAGAAGAAGAAGUUCAGGUUGAGAUGGAGACUUCCGCCACAGCAUCGGGACACCAGGGAUCAUUCGGUGAGGCUUCACUUUCAUCUUGAGAUUCAUUUCAUCCCUUCCCUUCCAUUUCAGCCCAAAGUCGACGGAUACCUCGUCGAAUUCCGCACUCGAAAGAACCGCAAGUGGCGUGCCGCCGAGCGUCAAGUCGUCGCAAACAUGGAAAAGGACAGUAUCACAGUGCAGAACCUGCUGGCCAACACCGAGUACCAGUUCCGUGUGCGAUCCGUCGAAGCGGCGGCCGUCGGAGAGCCCUCUAUGCCCAGUGAAUGGGUCAGAACUCCGCCCGGAGCACCCACGGAAACCAUCGAUAGUCUGAAGUGGAGGAGCCUGGAUUCGCAGACGCUUCUCGUCGAGUGGCAGCCCAUCGAGUUGGGGCAGGACGCUUCUGGAGACAAUUUGAGAUAUCGUGUGUCUUGGAGCGAAGCAUCGGUGGGCAAUAAGACGGAAUUCGAGGGAAUGGAUCAGGACGAACUGCAGUAUCAUUUGGGUAGGUUGACUGAACAGGCCGGGAGACGUUCCUUUGUUUUCAUUUUCAGAUUCCGAUCAACCUCAAGCAAUCCUAAAGUUGAACACGACGGAAGGAUGCCGGAUGGUUGUGCUCGCGGUCCGACCCGUCAACGAUCAGGGCAACGGAUCUGUGAGCACAGAUACCAUCGCGUUCCUGAACAGUCACGGAGAGCUGAAGAAAGUGUCGAUGCACAACGUGAAACCGAUCAAUGCCUCGCACGUGAACAUCUCGUGGGCGUGGGACACCUCCUCCGACUGCGACACAAAGCACGCCGUGCAGAUCUCUUGUCUGGAUCCUUCUGGGUCAGAGGUUUCGGCCACCGUGGCCAGUGACAGAUCCUUCUGGCUUUUGAGUGGACUGGAAGCUGAAACUGGCUAUGAAUGCGAUCUGAAAGCCGUCGAUAAUCAUGUAAUUGUAACAAUUUUGAAGUUCUUUCAUAUUCCUUCUGUUUCAGAGCAAUGUAGGACCGCCGAGCAAGAAAUUCCGGAUUCACACGAAACAACAUCCGCCGAGUGAGGCACCAGAGAUCAAGAAGUUGAUGAUGAAGCAGAUGGUGAGGAAAGAUCUACUCGGAACUGGAUUUGCAAUUGAGAACUUGCAGAAGGACAGUUACACAACGAUUCUGGAGUGGUCGAUGAUCGAGUUGCAGCAGGCGAAUCGGACGGAAACCGGCUGUGGAUACAAGGUUUGUCAAAUUCUCGGUCACGGCCACCAUCUUCUUCUACAGAUCUACAUCUACAUUUCGGAAACGGCGACGGAAGCCAUCGAACUGGACAUGCCCGUCCAGCGCCUUUCGGACCGUCGGAGCCCGUCGGCCCGACUGGACGGCUUGAAGCUGAUGUACAUGUACACUAUAAAAGUGGCCGGAUACAAUCCCGGAGGCAUCGGACCCAUCAGUGCGCCACGGAGCAUCCGACUCGGAACGCCUGGCUCAAUGGAAUACGCUUCGGGAGCCGCCCAUUUUGGAGUGCUCUUUUUGUUCGUGUCCUUUUAUUCGUUCUAUUUUCUACAAUCCCAGUCAUGA